AUGUCGGCUCAGCAAGGCCUCACACGCAGUCUGGAGGACCUCGUCAGCUCCCUCUCUCGAGACCAAGUCGAGCAAGUGGGAGAAGAAUGGAACUCCUUCGAGGAGAACAUGCUCACCGGCGACGCCGCUGCCGUUCAAGCGGGCGAGAUGUCCCAGUGGGCCACCACCGCCAGCCCUCCCUCCUUCCUCAGCAGCAUGUCUGGCGGCGGCCAGCCCAAGCAGGAGGGCGGCGGCCCCGAGGCCGAAGUCAUGCAGGAGAUCGCCAACAGUGGCUUCGAAUUCGAGGAGGACCGAUCUGACCGCGACAUGACCUACGCCCAGUCCAUCGAAGAGGCCAACCACUGGAGCCUCUGGCAGUACCAGAACAGUAUGUACGCCCGCGAACCCGCCUCGCCCGACCACACCGCCGCCACCACCAUCCAGCCCGCCGCCCUCGUAUCCCAACAGCAACAACAGCAACAACAGCAGCCCACGCCUCAGCAGCAGCAGCAGCAGCAGCAAUCCGCCACACAAUCCGCCUCCGCCUGGGACACCACCACCACCAUCGCCGCCCUCCAACAACAGCAGCAGCAGCAGCAGCAAGAACAGCAGCAGCAAGCGCAGCAGCAGACCUUUCUCUCUUCUCUCAACAAGCCCGGCUCCUCGUUCCUCCCGCUGCCGGGAACGCUCCUCUCGCGCCUCAACCCGCAGCAGUCGCAGCAGCUGCAACAAAGCGCGGCGACCUCGCAGUUCCAGCUCGGCGGCGGCGGCGGCGGCGGCGGCGGAUUCCAGGACGGAGUUGGUGGCGGCAGCAACGCCUCGCAGCAGCAACAGCAGGGGCUGGCCCAGCAGCUCGCCCAGCUGCGGUACCUGCCCAACCUGCAGUCGGACAACCGUCUGCAGCUGCAGCAGCUCCACCCGCAGCUCCAGCGCCUCCACCUGCAGCGCCUCCAGCAGGCUCAGCUCCAGCAGCAGCUGCGCGACGGACAGCUCUCUGGCGUGCAGCCGGCGCUGGCCCACCUCCAGCUCCAGCAGAUCCAGCAGCAGCGCCAGGCCGUGCAGACGCAGCUGCAGCAGCUCCAACAAAUCCAGCAGCAGGCGCAAAACUUCCACCAGCAGGCGCAGAUCCAGCAGGCGCAGCUGCACCACCAGGCCCAGCUUCAGCAGCUGCAGCAGCAGCAGGCGCAGAUCCACGCCCAGCUGCGGCACCAGCAGCAACAACAGCUCCUGCAGGGCCGGAACGCGCAGCAACAGUUCCAGCUGCCCAGAUUGGCGCUCGGGCUCGGCGCACAGCACGGCGAGGAGGAGGAAGAAGAGGAAGAGGAAGAAGAGGAGGAACUGCCCGUCCCCGUCCCCGUCCCCAUGCCGCCACCGCCCAAAGCCUAUGCGUCGAGGAAGAGGGCGGCCUCCGAGAGCCACAACGACUCGAGCUCGUCGUCUUCGUCUUCGUCGUCGGGCGGCGGCGCCGGCGGCGGCGGCCGGUCGCGCAGCAGUCUGGCCAACAAGCGUCGGCUUAUUGCGCCCGACCUGCCCUUUGACGGCAUUAAGCAGGAGAACCUCCAGACCGAAGUCGACGACAUCCUCAAGCAGCUGGGCAAGGGCGAGGUCAGCCUCCACGUCUACGAGAACGCCCAACGGGUGUAUCUGCGGUACCGCGAGAACGACGCGUGGCACAUGCGGGACUUUGCCGAGUACUUCCCGAUCCACUUCCACUCGGAGGGCACCAUCGGCGUGCCCAUCCCCAAGCAGCAGCAGCCCGUCGCCGGCGGGGACCUCGCCGUACGGCCCUCGUCCCUCGGCGACCGCGAGAUCCGCUCCCUCAACCUCAGCUUCAAGCGCAAGGAGCACUACUGGCGGCGGGGCAUCUGGGUGCGAGUGGUGGUGGACGUGAUGUCGGGCGAGGGCAUCGCCAAGGACGCCACGGGGUCGAUCAACGUGGAGCUCUUCUCCCUGCGCGGGGAGCCCAUCAAGAAGGCCUGCGAGAAGUGCUCCAAGUACUACUUCCGCUACAAGAACAUCGAACCCAACGGCGAGAUGGCACCCGCCUUCGAGAUCGAGGAGCACGACCGCAACACCGCAGUUUCCGCGGGACGAGCGUCGUUCAACAUGCGCGUGUGGGAGUGCUCGCACCACUACCUGACGCCCCACACGCUGGCGUUCUCGUGGAUCAACCCCAUGAACCCGUCCAUGAAGGUGGAGGCCAUCUGCCCCAAGGAGAUCGUCAUCUCCUCCGGCAGCGGCCAGGAGAAGAAGCUCCGCGAGAUGCGGGUCAACCCCGACGACCUCUUCAAGGAGUUUAUCGACGCGCUGAUCCUGAUGGACGACGGCAAGUACACGCAGGCGAUCGAGUCGCUGCGGUGCAUCCGCUGGAAGGCCUUCCACUUCCUGGGUCCGUUCCUGGCCACGUGCGUGGACGAAAAGAUCGCCGACUGCUUCCUGCGCACGGGCAACUACCAGACGGCCAUCAACCACUUCAACCGCACCCUCAGCCUCCUCGGCGAGUCCGGCGACCGCAUCCUGCCCUCCCUCAAGUACUACAUGCAGGCCCUGCUCUACUUGAAGAUCGCGACGGCGGCGUACUAUAAGGCGCGCGAGUCGCCCUCGACGGAGAUGACGGUGUUCCUGAAGAAGGCCCACAAGUACCUGGAGAUCUCGCACAACUCGAUCAAGAACGCCAAGGAGUGCGAGACCAAGGACGCGCCGCAGAACGUGCACGACUUUGCCAAGCAGUACCUCAAGUACUCCUACUACCAGGACCUCAUGGGCAUCUGCCUCAAGAUGAAGCCCUUCGAGACCAACGAGAGUGAGUCCAACCUCUCCUUCCAGAAGAUGGUCGAGGCCUUCAAGGAGCUCGAGAUCAACUACACGAAGCUGGACGAGGACACGCUGUGGUCCGGGCCGGAGCUCAUGUCCGUGUUCGGUCCGCUGGCGGACAAGCUGCACAUCACCGUCGACAAGCUCAAGAAGCUCCUCCACUCGCCCUUCCUCACCAACCAGGCCAUCACCCGACCCGUCCUCUCCUCGUCAUCGCCCUCGCCCCCGGCCUCCGGCGAGUCGCCGACUGUCGGCGGGGGCGGAGCGUCGCCCACCACCACCGCCACUGCCACGACGGACGCGGGCUUGUCGUCCGGCGCGGUGCCUAUGGAGGAGGCGCCGAUGAGCACACAGCCGGCGCUGAGCACGGCCAGCGGCAGCGGCGAGGUGUCGUCGCCGACGGGACUGGAGCAGACGAAGGAGAUCCUGCUGUCCCUGAAGCAGGCGCAGGAGGAGGCCGAGGAGCUCCACCCGAAGGGCCACCGCACGAUCUGCAUCAGCCGCUGCUUGUCGACCCUCUUCAUGUACCUCUCCGGCGAUCUGCCCGAAGCGGAGGCGCUCAAGAAGAUCGAGGAGGCCACGAAGGAGAUCGAACAAUUUUGGGUUAACGAGAGGGUCGGCGGCAAGUUCGAGGUCCAGCAGUUUGCGUCGAUCGUCAACUUUUUGCGUAGUGGACGGAGGGACGAGAACUUCAACAUCGAGAAUCCCUUCGCCAUCUUCCUCGAAAGAGAAGAGUUCCAACUGUACAGAUUGUGGAUCCAUUCCCCUCUGGACGUCAUCAUUUGGGCCAUUUUGCAGCUGUCCCCUGCCUAG